AUGAACCCAGCCCCUUCAACCCAAGAUAUGCGUCGUCGCCCCCAAACUCGUCCAAGCACAGUAGAGCUCGACGAAAAUGAUGAGGAAUUCUACCUGGGCGGUUUAUUCAACCUAGAAUUCUCACCCGGAUUCAAGUUUUUGGAAAGUCUUCGUGGGAAGGCACCUGAGUCCAUGAUUACGCAGUUAGAGUCUCGUAUGCGCUCUCUUCAUGCUUUUCUCCUUUCGUGUGCCGAGUAUGAGAAAUCACUGAUUAAGCGUGUCAAGGAUGUUGCGGGGGAUGUACAAAAGCAGAGAUUGGAGAUUGAUCGGACGGCUAGUAAGCAGUUUACGGAGAAUACAGAGAUUGGGGAGCUGAAGAGGGAGUUACUCAAAGCCGAAAAUGAAGUCAAACUCGCCCAAGAGCGUGAAUCACGGCUUACACUCGACAUUUCGGAAUCACAAGAAAAGAAACGGCAACUCAUGGACGAUAUUGACGAGAUUCGACGGCACAAGGCCGAUAUGCUCGAGCCACAACUAAUUGCAUCAAGUAAAGAACUCAAAUUGGAAGUCAUACAACGAAGACACCAAGUAGAAAACCUUGAAAAAGACCAAGAAGAAAAAGAUGCAACGUAUGAAAUGAUUAUGCAACAAGUUGAGAGAUUGGAAAUGGAUCGGGAACGACAUGCAGCGGCGUUUUCGCAAGCAAAUGAGAUGCCCCAGAAAAUCAUAAAGCAAUCCGAGGUCCUUCGAGACGCCAUUGGAUCCCUCGUCAUUGAAAACGUCAAACAAGGUACCCUCUCCCAACAACUCGACAAGGAACUCGAGCGACUUGCCAAACGACGAAAGGAUUUAGAGGAACAUAAAUUGGAUCAAGCAGCCGAGUACGAACAACGUCGUGCGGAAAUUCAUGAAAUGGAGCGACAGUGUGAUGAGAUUUUUAAGCAGCAUGAGAUGGCCAAGGAACAGUUGGCGGUGCAAAAGGGGGAGAGGGUUCGGUUGGAGUUGGGGUUGAAAAAGUGUGUUUUUGAGAUCAAACGCGAACACGACCUCCUUCUCCGCUCCCUCCGCGAAAAAGACGCCCUCCUAAAAUCCUUCCGCCGCCUCGAAACAACCGUCAACAACAUCCGCCUCUCCACUCCCCUCCUCCACCAACAACUAACAGAACACACCCGCCAACUCGAGCAAACGAAACGCGAUGAACGGCAUUACCGUAAACAAUCCUCUCAACUCCGUAAAGAAAUUGAUUUGAUGCUGUACGAGUAUUUGAAAACGGAAAAUGGGGAGCGGACGCUGGGUGAGAAUUUGGCGAGGGAGAUUGGCGUGAAUCAACGGCUUGAUGAAGAGUUGGAGGAGAAAAUGACGAGAGCUCAGGGAUUUGAAAAGCAAGUUGAGGAAUUAAAUGUUGAAAAGGAACUCAAGGCUCGAGAACUCAUUCGCAUUCGAAACAAACUGAAAACCAUCAAAGAUAACCUUGGCGUUAAAGAAAUCUCUGUUUUGGACGCUUCCAAACGAUGUCAAGAAGCUGUUACCCGUCUCAAGGAAUUUGCAACGCUUUACGAUGUCGUCAAGAAUGAGCGAAAUAAAUAUUUGAACCAAAUUCAAGCAACGACCCAACGUGCGGCGGAAAUGAAGGAAAAGAUCAAGAUCUUGUCGAACGAGAUUGAGAUUCUUCGUCUCGAGAUUGCUAAAAAGGGACGAGAAUUAACUAAAAAACGACAAGAAAAUACUGCGGCAUAUGCUCAACGGGAUUCAGCAAAGAAUGAGGCAAACAAGUUAUUGUUACAAUAUCGGGAACGUCGAGACGAAAUCGACCAAAACCUCUCCAGAAUCGAAACCCUCCAACUCCUCAUCAACGCCGCAGAAUCCGACCUCGUAGCUUUGCGCACCCGACACGGCACUCUUCUCAAAACCCGCAACGCAACAGGAAUGCAGCUUUUGGAUCGUAACGACGAGCUGUGCAUCCUCUACGAAAAACUCAACCUCCAACAAGAGGUCAUGCAGCGCGGAGACGCCGAACUCGCCGCAAAGGACGACGAAAUUCGUAAACUCACCAUUAUAGCAUCCGACCUUGAACGCCAAGUCGAACUCGGUAAAACUCUUACAAACCGUCAAACUCUCCAUGAAACCCAAACCCGCCUCCAAACCGUUAAAUCCCAACUCGACCUUGCUCGCACCCGUGUCGCUUCCCUUUCUGCUCACAUGGAAACCCCCGAAUCUCCCGGUCGAACCCGCGACCUAGGCGGAAGUGACCCACCCACUACAACCCUCCUCGAAAAGAUCCGUUCCGUAGAAGAAACACUCGCAGAAAAAGAGGAACGCAUCUUGGAAAAAGACCUUGUCUUGGAAGAAGUUACGACGCUUACUGAUCGACUGAAACGCCAAACCAUGGAUGGACGUACCGAAAGCCAUCAUGUAGCAGCUCAAGUCAAUGACCUCUCCAAACGCAUCAAACAUUUAACAAAAGCCAUGAUGGCUCGUGUCUCGGAAUUGGCUAUGCAUCAAGCAAUGGCCAUGGGACUCUAUCAAGAAAAAUGCGACAAGGAACAACUCUUGGAAGAAGCCAAAGCCCGCCUCGCAAACGGCGAGCCACCCACCCCAGAAAUCGAACGCGAAUUCAUACGAGCUGAAAAACGUCGUCUCCAGCACGAAAAGCAAGUAAAACAAUUGGAAAUGGAACGACAAAAGGCUGUUGCCGGGGGAUACAUUGAAGCCGACGACGACUUUUAUAUUUACAAUAACAUCCGCACAACAGCCGAACCCCGUCCCAACGCCUACAUCCCCGAUACAACCGGAAAAGGCCUCAUAGGCGACCUCCCGAUACCCAAACCUUAUGGUGGACACGCUCCAUUUCGUCCAAUGGAGAAGGGAGCGAGUAUGCGGUUCUUUCGGAAACCGGUUAUUAAGCCUAUUGAGAUUUAGAAAGGUCUUUUUGUUGUUGGUGCAUGAGGAAGGGUGUUUUAAUUUGUAUUUAGUGAAUGCUCUUUUUUUUUGUGUUUUGGGUUUACAUGGUGUUUGAAUGUGUGGACUCUUGCUUUUUUGGCAUUCUUGUUGAGUACUGUGCAUGCCCAGUUUUUAUACCGUAUAUCCUACUACAUCUCGCAAGGGCAAAGAGCUGGAGAUGCUUCGUUAUUUUUGAUAAAGGC